AAUACAUCGUCAGUUGGGUUCGAUCCCAAUUCCAGCAGCGUUUUCACAAAUUACGCCCGAAAAACUAACAGAAACGCGCUCAAUUUCAAAACCCGGUGACGCUGCGCGUUAGUGUAAGAAAAAUAUUUAUUUAUUUAUUCGUAAUUUAUUUGUGCCGAAUCGUCUAAUUGUUCUUGGUGUGAGCUCAUAAUCGUUUAUGUAAAAUGUCAUUGGCGUGCAAUUUCUUACCCCACCAUGUGCUUGACGUGAACAAAAAUUCCGACACAUUAUCGGAAGUAUCGGAAUCGGGAACGGGAACUUCGGAAUGGAACUCAAACUGGGAUUCGAAGGAGGAACUCAAAGAUUUUCUAACGAAACUGGGAUUGAAAGACGUCUCGGACUUGCAUCAGGACCGAUUCAGAGUGGACAGGAAAAAGUUGGAACAAAUGCUAACAGGAGACAAUGAGGCCCUUAUCCCAGCAGACGUAUUCUUUGCUAAAAUAAUGGAAGACACAGACACUCAUAUCACUUGGCCGAACAAAUUGAAGAUUGGAGCAAAAUCAAAAAAAGAUCCGCAUGUUAGGAUUGCGGGAAGACCAGAGGAUGUGAAAACUGCUAAAGAAAGGAUUAUGACUAUUUUGGACACUAGGUGUAAUCGCAUUACGAUGAAAAUGGACGUCAGCUACACUGACCACUCUCACAUAAUCGGAAAAGGGGGUUUGAGCAUCAAACGGGUGAUGGAAGAGACGCAGUGCCACGUCCACUUUCCCGACUCUAAUCGUUCAAAUCCCACCGAAAAAAGCAACCAGGUUUCCAUUUCCGGAGACAUCGAAGGAGUCGAAAACGCCAGAAGUCGCGUUAGGGAACUGAUUCCGCUGAUUUUCGGCUUCGAAUUGCCGAUAAUGACCCAGAAUAUAGAUGCGACAUCGUCCUACGUUGUUAAGAUUCAAGAUCAAUACAGAGUCCAAGUGAUGUUCAAGACCAGGCCUAAACUCCACGCUACUCUGGUGCUUGUCAAAGGAGUUGAGUGGGAGGUAGAGCAAGUCAAGCGGGCCACUAUUCUUCUGAUGGAGUACAUGUGCGAAAAUUUGGCGAACCAAAUCCCAGUCCAGAUGUCAAUGGAGAUCUCUCCCCACCACCACCAGAUCGUGCUUGGGAAAAACCACGCCAAUCUCAAACUCAUCAUCCAGUAUACCAGCUGCCAGAUAAUGUUUCCGGACGCCCAAGACCCGAACAUUCCGAGCUUGAAGAAGAGCAACGUCAACAUCUCCGGCAAUAUCCACGACGUAUACAGGGCGAGACAGUUGCUCCUGGGUAGCCUUCCGUUAAUUAUAAUCUUCGACCUGCCGGAAGAGUCAACGAUCGCCAGGACCAGGCCGGAUCAGAUCUCGGAAAUUCAGACUAGUUGCGAUGUGGUGAUCAAUAUCAGGCAGAAAGCGAAGCAGAACACCAAAGCUUGUGUUGUCAAGGGCGUGGAGAAGAAUGCUGGUAACAUUUACAAGGCUCGCAAUAUGAUUCUCGGAUUCGACGAUUCACCCACCUGCGCGGACAUUCCUCCUUCAUAUCAUCUAACUUCGGUGAUUCCCACCCAAUACGCCUCUGCAGCAGCCACCAACAACAACGUCCACCCUAUGUCGCCGCUGGUCAGCCCUCUAGUUUCGCCCACGUGGAAGUAUCCUGCGAUUCCCACGGGCCCCCCUUUCGUGGGUAUCACGAAGCAGCCGCAGUUUCUGUACAACGUCAUGCAACAAUCGGCAACUAGCGGAUAUCAAUCGCUGACCCAGAAUCAGAUUACUACAACUUCCACAGGAAUUGAAGGCAACGUUGAAACCGGUAAAUUUUCAGCAAUUUCUAGUAACAACAGCUCACUGUCCAGUAACAUAUCGAGUCCGAGAAACUCCAAUUUCAGACAGUUUCCGGAAACUCAAUCUCAACAGUUGGACAUAUCUUUAGUAUUGUCAGAUAUGAAUUUUUCUCCCGGCUAUCAUGGACCAUCGGUGGAUAAACGACAAGAUAACACAAUUUGUGCCUCAGAGGUGGAAAACAAGAAACUAGCGGGUAUCAGAGCGAUGCAAAGUAGACCACAGCCAGGUUCCUACAGAGUUCCCAAUAACUCUUGGUCUGGAUACUUCAUCAGCCACACUAGCCCAGCUGGUCUGGCGGAUAAAUUGAAAAGCAAGAAGGAGGAAGAUGUAUGGAAUACUCCAUCGACAAAACGAAGCGACGUCUGCAACUCUUUCUCGAAUUCGGUUUCUCUUAAUACGAGCAACUUCUUGGAUCACACUCCCAGUCACAUAUUGAACUGUUUGAUGUCCUCGGAAUGGACCGAUUUACCGACAAUGCUAACUUCGCUAGGACUUGAGAGAUACAUCGGCUUGUUUACCAGGCACGAAAUUGAUUUGACUACAUUUCCGACUUUAACUGACAAGGAUCUAAUCGAAAUUGGAAUAAACGCGUUUGGCGCUCGCAGAAAAAUAUUGUUGGCAAUAUCAGAAUUGAACAAAAGAUCCAAUUCAUUUUCUGCGGCUCCAGGUGCGGAAAGAAAGAACUCUCCUACAGCCAAAUCGUCUCCUAAUUACGGAAGCCCCAGUGAAAAUUGGUGAGAUUUUUCGAAUAAAUAAUUGCCUAUGAAUGAAUAUGAUAAUUGUAAUUAUGCGAGAAGAAAUGUUCUUUCUAAUAUUUAUUUGUGACGUUUCUUUGUUUUAAUUAGGUAUGUAAUUUUCUUGAUCGAACUGUAUGUUUCGGAUUUAUUAUUAGUGAAAAAAUAGAUUUCACAUUUGUACCGUUAGUUAUGUGUGUGAUAAUGAGAUUUUUUGUGUUAUUGAUUGAAUAUUUAUGAAAAUGAUGUUAAGUCAUUGCAUUUAGGUUGAAGGGUAUAUUCUCUUUCUAUAGUUCUUUCGAAUAUUUCAUAUCCACAGGAUUAGAAAUCGAUGUUUCGUGAGUAAGCAGGGUUUCUGCUGAUAUUAAAAUAAAUUUAUUCUUGAGAAAGUGAGGAAAAUAUCUUUUAGAAAUGCCAGAAUUGAUCCUGCUUCAUGUAAAGUUUUGAGAUGUCGCUGUUUGCAACCAUUGUUUUAAAAUGAGAUUUACAAAUUUAGCGAAUUUACAUCACACAAUGGUUACUAUUUGUUGGUUAUAUAUGAUUAUAACAAACGAUUUCUAUUCAGUUUUAAAUGUGCUUUUUACGUUAUUAAUUCAGUAUACGGAGAUGGCAUGUUGCCGUAGUUGAUAGUUUCUAGAGUGAACCGACUAGUUGCGUAAGAAUAACAAACAUUAAAGCAAAUAUGGAUUACGAAUGACCGUCUUCGUUUUCACUUUUUUCUCAGUUGAAUUUAUUUGUUUACUUCACUUCACUUCAUGCCAUAUGAAAAUAUUAAUAUUAUGAACUAAAACUUCACCGGGAGUACCUGACUCCAAAGUGGGCAUAUUAUUAUUUAAAACAUCAAAUCAUUGAGUGUUUUAACUAAUUAAUUUUGGUCGAAUGAGAAGAGCAAUGCUGAGCUUACAUUUUAUUCAUGGUAGUAUGGCGUUUUAAAUGAUUGUUGUCCUGUUUUUACACUGGAUGAUUGUGAUAUUUUAUAUUUGUAAUGUUGAGAAUAAUCAGAUAUAUAUAUAUAUUUAU